CAUGCGCCAGCUGACAGACAGAAAAGCGGUCGUAAAAACUCUUAGGCCCGUUUGCACUCUCUUCGAUUAACUUAAUCCGUCCGUUUAUUCCAUUAGAAUUACCAGUCGCAUUAAACGUUUAGCAGAAUGGACCAAUCACGACUGAUACUUAAUCUCCGAUUAAGUUAAUCGGAGAUAGUAAAAACGGGCGUUAUGAGUCUGGUUGCUUUCAUUUUUCUUUCUGUUGGAGCUAUAGUUUCUCAGGAAGACAGGUGCUUCUGAUUGGACAGAGGAAAAAGCUGCUCAAUUACGACGUGUGUCACGAGUGUGACUUUCUCUCUGAAAAAGUCUCUAAGUAGACGUGCAAAAAUAGGAGUACCGGCAAAAAAGAGGUUAUGUGUUACGUUGACUUGUCACAAGACGAAAAAUGAAUAAGGUGUUGUCUACUCCGAUCAAAGAAGUCAGUCAAAAGAUUUACAGCGGUGCGGUAAAACCGUCUGAGAUCUGUAAGGCUUCUGUCAAUUUAACAUCAAUUGUCAAGCCUUUGAACGCUUACAUUACCGUGACUAGCGAUGUCGCGGAAGAGCAAGCGAGUAAAGCCGAUGUCAGACAACGUAAGAAUUCAUUGUUAGGACAACUUGAUGGAAUUCCCAUUGCUGUCAAAGACAAUUAUUGCGUCAAGGGCAAACCUACGACCUGCGCUUCUCGGAUGUUAGCUAACUUUUCACCUGGCUAUGACGCUACGGUAUACGAGAGGCUUAGGAAGCAAGGAGCUAUUUUAAUCGGCAAGACUAAUCUUGAUGAGUUUGCUAUGGGUUCAGGGACUAUAGAUUCCCUUUAUGGACCCACAAAAAAUCUAUGGGGUUCAGAAAUGUUGUCACAAUUUUAUUCCUACAAAUCUGAGAAUUGUACAGUUAUCCCAAGAAAAUUACAUGAAAAAACCACAUGGCGAAUAGCAGGUGGCAGUAGUGGAGGCUCUGCAGUUGCAGUAGCCACAGGUACAUGUUACGCAGCCUUGGGUUCUGACACAGGUGGUUCAACUCGUAAUCCUGCCUCUUAUUGUGGUUUAAUCGGUCUGAAACCAACUUACGGUUUGGUAUCACGUUAUGGUCUUAUUCCUCUAUUAAAUUCAAUGGAUGUACCUGGUAUUCUUGCGAGAACAGUAGAUGAUGCUGUAAUAAUUCUGAACGCUAUAGCUGGUUGUGAUCCAGCAGAUCCCACUGCUGUACAAAAAGAGUAUGUUUCCAUUAAGUUACCUGAAACGAUAGAUGUUGGUAAUCUUAGAGUUGGAUUACCAAAAGAAUAUGGGGUUAAAGGCAUAAGUAACGAAGUCCAAGACUGUUGGGACGAUGUUGCUCGUCAUUUGGAAGAAGCCGGAGCUAGUGUUGUUCCAGUGUCAUUACCGCACACUGAUUACUCUAUAGUGUGUUAUUCUGUUUUAAAUCGAUGCGAUGUAGCCAGCAACUUGGCUUGUUACGACGGUAUAGAAUACGGUCACAGAGCCGACGAGUCGAGCUCAGCUCAUGAAUUGUACAAGAAGACCAGAUCAGAAGGUUUUAACAAUGUGGUCAAAGGUCGUAUACUAGUCGGAAAUUAUUUUCUUUUAGCAGAGAAUUACAAAGAGUAUUACUUAAAGGCGAUGAAAAUGCGUAGAUUAAUUGCGCAAGACUUCGACGUCAUAUGGAACAACAAUAUAGACAUUUUAUUAACCCCGACCACGUUAACCGAAGCUCCUAGUUAUCAUGAAUUCGCACAACUGGACAAUCAAACACAAUGCUUGAUUCAGGAUCAUUGUACGCAACCUGCGAACAUGGCUGGUUUGCCCGCGAUCAAUGUUCCGAUCAAGCUCUCUCGUAACGAACUACCCUUGUCUUUACAAAUAAUGGCGCCGCUUUUUCACGAACAGAGAUUACUUACUGUGGCGAAAUGGAUCGAACAGAUUGUGCAAUUUCCAAGACUCGAAUUGAAGGAAUCAUGUUUACUUGAAUAAAGAACAAAUUUUUCACAGA